ACAAACAUGUUCUUCAAGUACUUCAUCUGUAUUGCACUCGGAGGAAUUCUGUCAAGUUCAGCUGUUCUGUUAGAAGCCAAACCUACUUACCAAAGAACAGAUGAAAUAACUGGUCAGCUGGUGAUAUGUGAGAAGUGCCCACCGGGGACGUUUGUAGAAAAGCACUGUACCAGUUCACAUCCAACAAUAUGUGGGUCCUGCCCAGACUUGCAUUAUACUCAGUACUGGAAUUAUCUUCGGAAAUGUCGUUACUGUAACGUUUUCUGUGUGGAGCAUCAGUACGAAAGGCAACAAUGUAACUCCACACAUAACAGAGUUUGCGAAUGCAAACCUGGUUAUUACUUAGAGUUUGAAUUCUGCCUGAAACACAAAGUGUGCCCCGCUGGUUCUGGCGUGACUAAAGCAGGAACGGCUUUCGAAGACACAAUCUGUGAACAAUGUUCUGAUGACUUUUUCUCUUCAACAUGGUCUAGUUCAGAGCCUUGUAAAGCUCACACAAAAUGUGAUGAAGGUUUAGUGGUUAAUGUCCCAGGUACCCGAUAUCACAACACUCUGUGUACUCCCUGCAAGAAAUAUAUUGGAUGUUCUAUCAAUAAAACCGAUAUGUAA